AAAGGCCUCACUGCAUAAUUGCGUGCUUAAAUCGACAAGAGAAUUCGACGCGUUUAAACGUUACAAGACAACUAACGGAACAACGUGAAUUUAAAUUGCGAAACGAUAAUAAAUAUCAAAAAACAAAUUUACAAAUACAUUGUACUUAAAAAAAAAACAACUUAAGUUUAUAUAAAUAAUUAUAGAACAUAUUUUAAGUGCAAAAAAUCAUCCAUUAUGAAUUGCCUGGAAUCAAUUGUUAAAUACUUAAUCUACAUUGCCAAUAUAAUUUUUUUGGUAUGUGGCAUACUCAUUAUCGUUUUGGGUGCCUUUAUGAUCAACAAUAUUGGCGAUUUUUCAUCAAUUGAAGAUGCUAUAGAUGUGGACACAUUGCCCAUCAUCAUUAUUAUCCUGGGUUGCAUAAUAUUUGUGAUAUCCUUCUUCGGCUGCUGUGGAGCGAUACGUGAAAAUUCGUGUUGCAUGACAACGUAUGCCGUAUUUAUGUUCAUUUUAUUCUGCCUGCAAGUUGCUUUGGUUGUAUGGGUAUUUGUUCAACGAUCGGAAUUCUUGAAGACUAUGAGGGAUUUGGUCAACACCACUUGGGAUAAAAAUGAUAAUUCUGCCAAUGGUAUUCAUCCAAUGGAUGCCUUGCAAAUCAGCUUCAAGUGCUGUGGCAAAACAAGCUCGGCCGAUUAUACGUCAGCCGGUAAGGAUGUCCCCGUAUCGUGUUGUGGCUCCCUCGACGCCACCACGUGUCCUGCAAGUGUUUACCUAACAAAGCCGGGCUGUGCUGAUGCAUUCGUCGAUUUCUGGGCCACAAACACGAAUAUCAUUCGUUAUGCAGGUAUUGCGGUAGCGGCUAUUGAAUUGGCGGUAUUCACGAUUGCCUGUUGUCUGGCGAGUAGUAUGCGCAAUUCGCGAAGGCAUUGAAGGACUGAAUUAAUGCACGAGCAUUGCGGUUCGGAAAUACAUACAUAUAAUUCAAAAAUAUGCUGUAAUCUCGUUUGUUUAAUACAAAUAAUAAAUUGCGCAUUGUGGUUUAAUUUAUGUAGAAAGCAUUUUAUAAGUUAAGUAAAGAGAUAAUAUUUAUUGUUAAACACUUGUGUUAUUAUUAUUGUUUCUAAUAUUAAACCGUGAAUUAAAAAUACUUCUUUUCUAUAA